AUGUAUAAGGAAUUUGAUAUUAUAUUCUCCAACCUAAAAUCGAAGAAAUUCCUGGGUGUCGUUCGUAAACCCUUGGGAGAUUCUCUAUUUUUGCCUCUUGGCUUUGAAGUUUAUCCUCUUAAGGUUGGAUGGUACAAUGCUAUCCUAUCCCCAUCGUUUCACCUCCCAUACCCAGAGGACACGUUGGCGGUUGUGGUCUUUAGCGCACCUGCCAUGUUUGAGAAGGCAUUCAUACCCUUCCUACAGAACCAUUCUGCUGGGAAUCUACAGGACUACAUAGACCAGUCUACUGCACACUGUAUCAAAUCCAGUGUCACCAAGUGCUUCCCUGGCCAGCAGGUAGACAUCAGUUAUGACUAUGAGAUGCAUCCUAACAGGAAGCCCAAGUUUCUGGCCCAGACUGCCGCCCAUGUUGCAGGAGCAGCCUACUACUACCAGCAGUCAGACAUCCCUGACCAGCCAUGGGGCACAAAGAAGAUGUUUGGUGUGUGCAUCCACCCCAGGCUGGGGGGCUGGUUUGCCAUCCGCGCUCUGGUUGUCUUCAGGGACGUGCAGGCUGGGCCCGAGCUGCGGCAGACGGAUCCUGUGAACUGUGUUGGAUCCCGGGAAGAGCGUAUUGAGCUGCUGGAGAGGUUUAACCUGCGGUGGCAGGACGGCACUUACAGAGACAUCAUCCCCGCUGAGGAGCGCUACUCCCAGCAGCAGAAUUACUUCUGGACUGCACCAGGAGAGCGCAUCGCCCUGCUCCGGCAGUGGGGCUACUUAACUACUGAGAAUGAGUCAGACGCUCAGAGCCCUGAGCUCAGUCAAGGAUAAAGAACUGAGAGGCUUGUCUGUGUUUGUGUUCUCACAUUUCCUGGAUGUAUGAUUGUUGCCAAAUAGCUCUCUCUUGUAUUUUAUCUGAUCAUGGGUUUAAAAGUGAAUUGAAAGUCAAGUUACUAAAAUGAGUAUCAUUAUGCAUAUUUUUCUUAUUUCUUAUGUACUUUAAUGUAUGUUGUAUGUAAGGGAUAUUUCAUUAUUCAAUGGAAUUCAAGGUGGGACUUGCUUAAGGAUGUUUUUAUAGCUUCAAGUAAUCGAAGAAUGCUGUACUACUGAUGUCAGUAGAAGCCUCAGUUGCCUGCCCUUUCUCAGGGUCAGUAGUCAGAAAGGGUGUUGGAUGAUUCUGAAAUGCCUCUCAGUGGCUAGAUAGGGAAUGGCAAUCAGAGCUGUGACUUGAUAAACUGAGUCCUAAAUGGAAUGCACUUAUUCUACCCUUGUUGAGUGCUGUAAUGUUUUAUUCGUUAUCAGGUUCCAUUUUGUAUUAGAGUGGUUUUAGUGUUCAGUAUACCAAUUACACUACACCUGAAUAAGCUUGAAUUUUUAUAUAUUAGUUGUUACAGUUUUAUUUAAAUAAACAAAGCUUUUAUUAACAUGAA